CCAGAUGUAAACACUUUGAAUUAAUGAGAAAAGACUGGUUCUUAAGAACUGCUUGAAUUGUGAAAGUGUUGAUUGAAAACAAUAAAUAGUAUGUCUAAAUGUGGAAUCACGUGGACUGUUUUAUCUACAGCCUCAUCUGGCUUAUACCAGAUAAAACGUCCAAAAGGAAACACACGUCGUUCCGAUGUUUCCAAAAGUAGCGAAAACAAUUAUUCGUUCACGAAUUAAUUACUUUUAAACAGUGAAAUACUCUUAUAAUGAUUCUGUGAAUUUAAGCGGCAAUAUGACGUGGAAUCCUUUAAAGAAAAAUCAUAUAACUCAAAGACCUACUCCGGUACCACCUCUUUUGACUCACGCAGAGGAUAGAGAACUGGAUAUUGCAGUUCAGAGGCUUAUUUAUGUCGAGGAUACAAUCAGGAAGUUGAUAAAGGAAAUGAAAAAAUAUGUAGAAGCUGUGAUGUACCUGGACAAGUCUGACCAAAGAUUAACGUACAAUCUGACGACUUGUGGCUUGGCACAUUUCGAUAAUGAAUUUAGAAAAGUCGUGGAGGACUAUCAUUCAGUCACGACACAGAUCGGAAAAACCGUGGAAGAGAUGUCCAUUCUUUGCCAGAAAACUUUCAUAGAGCCUUUGAAAAAGUUGCGAGAUGAAUUUGUUUUGAUCGCUGUAGCGAUAGCAAAACGCGAGGAACUGGUAGCCGUUUGGAAGUGCUCUUACAAUCGUGUGAAAAAGUUGCAAGAGAAGAAGGAUAGAACUGCUAGUCAUAUCGCGAAACUGGAAAGAGAACGCAGAAUGGAAGAAGCAGCUGCCAAGGAGUUGAAAACUGUACACGCUCAAUUACUUUCAGAGUUGCCUACGUUUCUAGAGAAGAGAUUAGAAUACAUUAAACCGAGUGUACAAGCUUUGAUCAUGAUACAAUUGGAUUACUACGGAAGUAGCACGCAUUUAUUUACCCACCUAAUGCCAUUACCAAACGCUGCGGGAUCACCGUCCAGCGCUAUGAUACCUGAGGAAGAAUAUCAAACAAUAGUGAGCGAUCAAAUCAAUAGAAUAAGAGCUCUCACCAUCGUUAAAGAUCACUGAGAAUCAAAACAAUUCUACGAAUAAUUAAACGAUAAUUUACGUGUUGGAAACAUUGAGAAGUUAACGUAGGUACGAAUGUAUUUAUCACAUGGCAGUAUUUACAUUGAUAUUAAAAAAGCAUACAUAAACUUAGGAUGGAACCAUUCCUUGAUUUCGUUUCCAUUGGGCACCAGUGCGGCGAUUAUGAUUUGCACGUUUCGACUUCUGGGUAUUCUUCUGUUGCCUGUUGUACAGAACAUCCUUUUCUUGCCCUCGACCUUUGGGUGCGCCUGAGCAGCGACGUGUGAAAACAUUAUUUUUGUACUACACGAUUCGUACAAUGACGGAAAUGAAAAUAAACUUACCGAUUACGUUCGGUUUAUUGCCUCGCAUCGCUUGCCUUCGUUGUUCUGCUUUGGCACGUACUUCUUCCGGAUUCUGUACAAACUGAUCUUUUCCAUUCGCCUCGCCCUUUAUCUCUUCGUCCUCUGAAUCAGAGUUCUCCGCAGUUUCAACUUUCUGCUUCUUCCAGAAGACCUAAAGUUAUUGUUUGCUAAUUACUAUUGUUAUUAUUGAAAUAACAUCAAUUAUGUGAAUACGAACUCUUGGUGUAGUAAAUGGUCUGGAAUCUACUUCAAUAGAAUCAUCUUGCGCAUUCGUAUCACGAUCGUCGUAUGUAUCGUCAUACUCGUCAUCGUAAACAUCUGCGAUCAGACUGUAACUGUAAAGUGAAUUUUGUUUUAGUCGUCAAAUUGUUCAAACGAAUGUACUGUAUAAUCAUUACUCAAUACAUGUAAUUGUUAUUGUUAGAAAUAAAUAUUUUUUUAUGUUACGUUUAUAA